CCCGCCCCCCCCCCCCCCCGGCCCGGGGGGAAAAGUUCUCAGCGCCUGGAGGAAGUCGCGGCCCGCCGUCUGUCUGCGGGGCCAUGGAGGAGCCCCCUUGCCGAGAGGAGGAGGAAGGGGAGGAGGACGGCGACGAGGCCGGGCCCGAGGGCGCCCUGGGCAAGAGCCCCCUGCAGCUGAGCGCCGAGGACGUGUACGACAUCUCCUACGUGCUGGGCCGCGAGCUGAUGGCCCUGGGCAGCGACCCCCGCGUGACACAGCUGCAGUUCAAGGUGGUGCGUGUGCUGGAGAUGCUGGAGACGCUGGUGAUCCAGGGCGGGCUGACUGCAGAGGCGCUGCGCAUGGAGCGGGACAGUCUCCGGAAGGAGGUGGAGGGACUGCGGAGGCAGGGCCAGCCCGCCAGCCCCGAGGUAAACCUGGGACCAGACAAGAUGGUGGUUGACCUGACAGAUCCCAACCGGCCACGCUUCACUCUCCAGGAGCUGAGGGACGUGCUGCAGGAACGCAACACACUCAAGUCCCAGCUGCUGGUGGUGCAGGAGGAGCUGCAGUGCUAUAAGAGGUGGGUCAGCACAGUGCGUAGAGCGCAGGACUUGCAUGUGGGAGGGCCAGAGUUCAAUCCCCAGCAUCACAUGCAUAGACAAGAGCAAUGUCCUUGGUAUUCUCCCACCCUCCCACCCCCGUCUUUAAAAUAAUCUUUUUUUUUUUUU